AUGAGGUUUCUUAUACAAGCUGUGAAUAUAUCAGGUACCGAGCAAGAAAAAGAAAUGGUUAGAGCAAUCAGGAAGAUAUGUGAACAAUCUCCGUUAAACGCCACUGUGUUUAAUCCAUAUUUUGUUUAUUUUGACCAGUUCGAACUUGUAAAACCACUUUCGAUUCAAAACAUGGUACUUGGAGCUAUUAUUAUGAUGUUAGUAACAUUUAUAUUUAUACCCAAUAUAUUAUGCUCCUUCUGGGUUGCUUUGUCUAUUAUAUCAAUUGAAGCAGGAGUAGUAGGUUAUAUGGCUUUAUGGGGAGUCAAUUUGGAUUCCAUAUCUAUGAUAAACUUAAUUAUGUGUAUUGGAUUCAGUGUCGACUUUACCGCCCACAUUUGCUACGCAUAUAUGUCGUCGAAAGGACGAACUCCGGAAGAAAAAGUUAAAGAUUCCUUAUAUGCUCUCGGACUGCCCAUAUUCCAAGGUUCCAUAAGUACCAUACUUGGCAUGAUAGCUCUUCUUUUAGCCAACAACUAUAUAUUCUCCGUAUUCUUUAAGAUGGUAUUUUUGGUGGUGUUUUGUGGAGCUAUGCAUGGUCUGUUUCUACUUCCGGUACUACUCUCUUUGUUUGGACCGGGAUCUUGCACCAAAUACAAACCGGAAGAUGAUAUUAGACUCUCAAAAAUAGAACAGUCGUUACCUCAUCCAUACUGCAUACCUCAUCCCCAGUUUACAUUAAAUGGUAAUAAUUUAGGAGGGGCACUGAAGGGAGCUACCCCAGUCAUGGAAAAAUACACAAAAAAAUCUAAAAACUAUGUCGAUAUGGAUAAGGAUCUUGGAUUAGGAACGUCUGAAGAGAAUUCCAGCGAAUCAUCAAUACAUUCUCAAAAGAAACUCCCAAUGGAUGAUGCAGCAUUAGAAAGGCGUUAUAGAGAUGCUUGGAGACGUAAUUCGGAAGCAGCCAUCAUUAGUUUUAGGAACUCACAAGUAUUAGACAUAUUUGGCACCGACUCAGAAGCUGAAUAUUAUAGGCGUAGAUCUAAAGCAACAGAAGCAGCAAAUCAUACAGUUGUAGACAACCAUGGUGAUAAUUAUUUAAGGCCAAAUAGAUACGAACCAAACAGAAGAUAUUCACCACCACAAGAAAGAUACCACCACAGGAAAAACAAUGAUCUCGCCAGGUCCAGUUCUUACCACAAUAUAGUACAUCCUAGAUAUACUAAAGAGUCAAGUCCUAAGUUUAUGAAGGAAUCUAGAUUUCCUUAG